GACACGCGCGCACUCUAUCAUGGCGACCAGGCUGUUCGGCUUGCGCGCUCACAGCCUUUUGUCAGCCACAGCGAAGCGAGGGCUCUGUGGUGCCCGAGUUCACUGGGAAUCCAGCUCCUCCAGGGUUGUGGUCACUCCAGCCACUGUGCCCGGAAAGCUGGCUCCAGAACCUGCCAUGCAAUGGCAGGAGGACCCAGAAGCCAAGGAAGAAAGCUUGUACGAGAAGAACCCAAACUCCCAUGGCUUCCACCAGGACCCGGUCCUGGAUGUCUGGAACAUGCGCGUUGUCUUCUUCUUUGGCUUCUCCAUUGUUCUCGUCUUUGGGACCACCUUUGUGGCUUACCUGCCUGACUACAGGAUGCACGGGUGGGCCCGCCGAGAGGCAGAGAGGCUGGUGAAAUGCCGAGAGGCCAACGGCCUGCCCCUCAUGGACUCAAACUGCUUUGACCCUAGCAAGGUCCAGCUGCCAACUGAUGACUGACCAGGGUUUACAACCUAGGAUUUGGCCUUUGUCCUGGCUGACGAGUGAGGCUGUUACCAGCAAGCACUGUGGGAAACCGCAGGAGAACAAAGCCAUGUCACUCUGCAACAUCCUUCCUGAGAAAUGUGACCACAUUUGCAUCUGCCUUGCUGAUUGGAAGAAGCACAACUACAGUAUCUCAGCCCCCGAAUUCCUCCAGGCUGAAAACUCCUCCACUUCCCCUUAAAUUCUUUGUUCUACCUUUCUUCCUGCUACUUCUGCUCUCUGAACUCAGCUCAUUCCCAUGAGAGUGAAUAAACAACCGUGUUUGCUUAUACUAA